AUGGACUCGGAUCGCCUGAAAACCCUCCUGUUCAACAACUACUGCAACUUCCAGACCCUUUCAGUCACCAUCAUUCACCCCGAGCUCUUUUUGUCCCACCGAGCGCGAGGCUUGCGAUCCCAGCAUUACUCCCGGUUUCUGGAAAACUCCAUGAUGGCGUGCAGCGCGCGCUUGAGUACUUCGGUUACGGUCCGCGCGUUGGGAUCCAGCUAUGCGAUGCGUGCAAAGUCGGAAAUCGUGUCAGAGUUGGAAGAUCCAAAUGUGGCGACGCUGCAGGGUAUGCUGCUUCUCAGUGACUACGAGAUGACUGAAGGACGCGACCGAGUUGGCUGGAUGUACUGUGGUAUUGCCUGUCGGCUCGUGGUUGACCUGGGUCUGCACCAUGCUUGGAGCAAGAGCAGUGACCAAGAUGCCUCGAACAUCCGUGGAGCAAGGUUCCGCGGCUCUGUGACGUUGGGCUGCUUCGUCUACGAGACCCUCUGGAGCAUGUACCUGGGACGUCCAAGCCACAUAGCCAUGCUGGGCCCGUCUCUGUCCUCGUAUGCUGACCAUGUAUCUGACAAUCUGACUUUGAGGGCGUGGUUUGACUUGUGUGUAUUGAUUGCCGAGAUUACGACAAUCCUCGACAAGGAUUCGCUUAUACAGGCAGGCACUCUGAAUCGACUGUCAGAACUCGAUGGCAGGUUGCGCCGGUGGUAUUCGUCAGUGCCCGCAGACAUUACCCUUGAUUAUGACAACGUCUCUGCUCUUGACGCCGUGGCGUAUGGUCUGCAUAUGCAGUAUCUAAGGGUGCAGAUGCUGUUGCAUUCUCUUCCCAUCUCAAGCCAGCGGAAGCGCAAACAAAGCGACGGCAAGGACCAACCCCCAGUCCUUCGCAAUUGGACCGCCGAGUCUUCCAGGCAGCUUGUGCAUCACAACGCGCUGAAGAUUGCCCAGCUGGGUAUCACCUACGGACAGAUUUUCGGGGUGGAAAAGACGCCUUCUGUGAUGCUGGACAAUCUGUACGUGGCGGCGACCGUCUUAAUCUCCAAUAUCUUGGGGGCCGAGCACUCUUCCAUAGACGAGAACGACCUUCGGUGGCUUCGAUUGCUGGAUGAGAUGCUGAAAGACCUUCAGCCGCAUUUUCAUAUCACCGCCAGGAUGAGGAGGACCCUGGCUCGCAUCGUGGAAGGCUGUCCCCUGCUUGCCGGUGUCUUUAUGGACGACGUGCAGACCUCACCUGUACAAUAUGGUUCCAAGCAUGGGGGCUUGGACAAUGCACAUGGCGGUGGUUGGGGUUCUCUCGAGGCUGCCGUCAAUGACUUUGUCCUCGACCCCAGUCUGUUCAACCUCGUUGACUUUGAGCUGGUCGGUGACGGCGACGGAGUGAACCGCGGCUAG